UGCACAUUUCACACGUGCUACGUAUCGUCAUCACCUUAUGGCUACCGCCCCAGUAUGGCCGCAAACAUCGCCUUCUUAAUUAUUUAUACCGCUUGUUUGGCGGGCUGCGCUCUCGUGACUUUGGCGACGCGGCGAUGGAUUAUUUUCAGCAUACCGCUCGCGGGGGCCUGCGUGUUGGAAAUCGUGGGUUAUAGCGUUCGCAUGGGUAGCUGGGCCGAGCCGUGGAGGGCGUCGUUAUACGCGGUCACGAAUAUUUUCUUGAUGAUCGCGCCGUCGCUCAUUUCUACCGCGAUGUACACAACAGUGCCAAAAGUAGUACAAAUAAUCGGAAAGGAGCACUCGCUCAUCCGCCCCGAUAUUUACGGCUAUCUCGUGGCCAUCGACCUGGUAGCGAUUCUCGUGCAGCUCGUGGGAUUCAUCGUCACGUUUUCGGACUUGACGGCCGUUGACGGUCUCGGCCCCAGCGCUGAGAAAGGCGCCAGCGUUAUCGCGGCCGGUGCUGGUGUCCAAUUCUUGGCGCUGGCAUCUUUUUCGGUGCUAUUCACCAUAGUCAUCUUCAAGGCUUCCAUGGCCUACCACGAAUUUGGCUAUACGACGUUCCACAAGGACCGCGGGUACGUCUUGCUCGGCGGCAAAUUCAAGGCCCGCGUCGGGAUGAUGAUGGCCGCCACCAUGUGUCUCCUGACGAGAGGAGUCUUCAGAAUAAUGGCCCUGGCGGACGGGCUUGAUGGGUCCAUCUCGAGGAACGAGGCGUUGUUCGUCGUGUUUGAUGGCUUGUUGGUCGCGGCAGCGAUAUUGUGCCUUCUGGGGCUGCAUCCGGCGUAUGUUUUG